AUGUCGGAUCAAAACUCACUGCCAGAAGGCUGGAUAACCCGAGAAUCACGCAGCACCGGCAAAAUAUAUUACUAUAAUACUUUAACCAAUCAAAGUCAAUGGGAACCACCAACGGAUGCAUCGGAAGACAAGGUUCGUGCCUCACAUCUGCUAGUAAAACAUAACGAAUCUCGCAGGCCUUCAUCAUGGCGUCAAAAUGAAAUUACUCGCUCCAAAGAUGAUGCAUUAAAAUUGAUACAGGAGUACCGAAAGAAAAUCGUAGGCGGUGAGAUUACCUUAGGUCAAUUGGCGCUCGAAAUGAGUGAUUGUAGCAGUGCAAGGAAAGAAGGCGAUUUAGGAUUCUUUGGUCGAGGUCAGAUGCAAAAGCCAUUCGAGGAUGCAACGUACGCUUUGCAGAUUGGAGAAUUGAGUGAACCAGUUUUUACUGACUCCGGUAUCCAUAUCAUUCUAAGAACGGGAUAA